GCUUAUACCAGAAUUACCAUCUCUCCAAAAACAGCAACUUUUGGAGAUAAAGUAACCAUAAAAAUGGACUGUGUGUAUCCGUAUCCAAAUAUCAGAAUUGACUAUGUUAAGGAGUUUGACACAGAUAGCGUUCUGAGUAGUGAAAGUGAAGUUAAAUUUACCAAUGGCACAGCAUUGAAUUGUCCUGUAGUUGAUAGUAGAGCAAUAUCUGUGAGUGGAACUUUUACCCUGAAAGACACAAAUUUAAAAGAAUCAGCAAAAAUAAAGGCUACAGCAAUGUUUGGUACUUCUUCUGCGACAUACACAAUUUCGGAAUUCACUUUAAUAUCAGUAUGUUUCAUUGUACUAGUCAAGGUUUCAGACGCUGCAGCUAGAGAAUGA